AUGCAUUUCUCUACCGCCUCUUAUCUCGACCCUUUUGCUCUCCAGCAUCGCACUGAUUGGUCCCACUGCCUAGCAGCAGUAUCAAAUGCCAAGUCAAGCAGCAAUGACAAGGAGAAAACUUCUGUGGACAUAACUAGCGCGGCGAAGAAGGAUACCCAUAGUGCCACGACUUCUGCCAACGCUGAGACUUCGGUCAAGCCGGACACCUCAGGUCUGAACAGUAUCCUGCCGACAGAGAACUCCGCUUUGAGAAGUUCUGUCUCAGAGACUACGUCUCAUGCCUCCUAG